AGCGGCGGACUGAGUCGGAGUGUACCUCCUGAUGGGCGCCCUCGAGGCCUGACUGAGGGAGGAACAGGCUUUUUCAGUACCCGCCACCGAGGGCCCCUCUCUCUCUCUCUCACUCCCUCCCCGUUACCGUCCAGCCCGGGGUUGCCGGGGGAGGGGCAGGGGGAGAUAGAUCGCGGGCGCGAGUGAAGCCCGGCCUCAAAACAUCGGAGUCAAACGCAGAAAGUGCCGCAAAAGCUCCGGAGGUCUGGCGAACAUAGAACAAUACAGCACAGAACAGGGUCUUCGGCCCUCGAUGUUGCGCCGACCUGUGAACCAAUCCAAGCCCAUCCCCCUACACUAUCCCAUCAUCAUCCAUCUGCUUAUCCAAGAAUCUAUGAUAGUUUAAUUGGGUCAGUACACUGAGACAUGAGCGUGCUUAAAUAGGGCCCAGGAAGGGAGAUUGCUCCUAAAGACACCCAGCUCAUUGGAACUUGUAGUGCAAGCUCUUGCACACUGUUACAAUGAAGGUAGCAGUAGAAGGUUGCUGCCAUGGUGAACUGGACAAAAUCUAUGAGAGUAUUCAGUUUUUGGAGAAAAAGGACAAUGUUAAGGUGGACCUCUUGUUGUGCUGUGGAGAUUUUCAAGCAGUCAGGAAUGAAGCUGACAUGAUUUGCAUGGCUGUACCCGUUAAAUACAGACAAAUGCAAACUUUCUACAAAUAUUACUCUGGAGAAAAGAAAGCCCCUGUUCUUACCAUCUUCAUAGGAGGCAAUCACGAAGCCUCUAAUCACUUACAGGAGUUGCCUUAUGGAGGAUGGGUGGCACCAAACAUUUACUACUUAGGGUAUGCUGGUGUGGUAAAUUACCGUGGUAUACGCAUCGGAGGACUCUCUGGUAUUUUUAAGCCACAUGACUACAAAAAAGGUCACUUUGAAUAUCCUCCAUAUAAUCAACAGACACUGCGGAGUGCAUAUCACGUCAGAAAUAUUGAAGUGUUCAAGCUGAAACAGUUAAAACAGCAUAUGGACAUCUUCCUGUCACAUGACUGGCCACAAGGUAUCUAUCACUAUGGUAACAAAAAACAACUGCUUAAGAGAAAAGCUUUCCUCCGCCCAGAGGUCGAAUCUAAUACCUUGGGCAGUCCUGCAGCCACAGAGCUUCUGCAGCACCUCAAGCCUUCAUAUUGGUUUGCAGCGCAUCUACACGUGAAGUUUGCAGCUUUAAUGCAGCAUCCGAAAUGUGAUAGUGAGCAGCUACCAAAAGCAACAAAAUUUUUAGCUCUGGAUAAAUGUCUCCCUCACAGAGAUUUUCUGCAGAUUGUUGAAAUAGAGCAUGACCCAAAUGCUUCUGAACAUUUAGAGUAUGAUUCUGAAUGGCUGGCCAUUUUAAAAGCAACAAAUGAUUUAAUUAAUGUCACAUCUAAAUCAUGGAACAUGCCAGAAAAUAAUAGUCUGCAUGCAAAGUGGGACUAUAGUGUGUCUGAAGAAGAUAUUAAAGAACUACUGGAGGAUCAGGCUAAUAACCUCCAGAUCCCCUAUAAUUUUAGCCAGAUAGCACCUGUCUAUGACCCAGCACAUCCACAGAGAUCUAGAGAACCUACUCAUGUGAUUAAUCCCCAGACAACUGAGUUCUGUGCCACCUUUGGCCUCACAGAUCUGAAUGCCAAGGUGAAACAGAUGGAAGGUGAGGGUCUUAUGGAGGAAGAGGAUGAAGUGGAUGGUGCAGAUAAUGCAGAGGAACCCAGUGAUUAUACUACAGACACUUCUGGACUUUCUUCCUCCAUAAACCCAGAUGAAAUCACACUGGAUGAUGAUGAUGACGACGAUGAUGAUAAUGGGGAGCUAAGUGCGCAUAGCAUAGAACCAUUGCCAGAUCACCCUUUUACAGACUCAUCAGCAAAUUUCUCUGAUGUAAGAGAUCUCCCUGAUUCUAUGGUUGUAUCAUCUGAUGAGACACAGGACUCUGCAAAUGAGGAAUUAGACAAGUCUGGUGACAGCAGCAUGACUGAGGGAGAAGGAAGGACCACACGCACAAAGGCUGUGAAACGAAUUAGCAAUGAGCAUGAGAAUGGAAGCAGUGGAAUAAAACUAAUUAAGAGGCGCAACCAGAGCAUAUAUCAUACGCAGAAUAAUGAGAAUGAAGAUAUUGAAUAAUUAUAAAUAUUAAGGGAUUUUGAACUUCAGGAGAAGCUGCAGCUUCUGUGCACAAUUGAGUUUUUAAGAUUGACAGCAAUGACUUGAAAUGCAAUCAACAUUGGUUUUCUGUUUUAAAAGCUGGACUUAGCAAAUGUCAUAACAUAUCCAAUCGGUAUAUAAAUGUGUUGAAAUAUGCUAAAUAAAUGUAUUUUUACCAUCAAGAAUAAAUUUUCCAUAGAUUGGUUCUCAAAUGAGUUGGUCCAGGUAAUUAGUGAAAUAGCCAAAUCAUUUGUGUUUGUGACUUCAGCCAGUUUGAUUCAUUCCAUGUGAUAUCAAGAAGCAGCUAGAGGACUAUAGGCCCUGAUGAUGUUUCAGCAAUAGUACAGAAGACGUGUGCUCCAGAAUGCACCCCACCCUGUAUCCAUGCUGUUCCAGUACAGUAACUGCAGUGGCAUUUAUCUACAAAAUUGUCCACAAAAUACUGGUCAAAUCUAACUGGCAAUCAAAGUGAUAAAUAUUGUCAUUGACAGUGCUAUCAAGCAGCACUUAACAAUAACUUUCUCAUUGAUACUUAGUUUGAGUUUUGGCAAAUCCACUCAACUUCUGACUUCAUUAGAGCAUUAGAAUACUCUCUCUCUGCCUGUAUGGAUGAGUACAACUUUAAGAUCAUUCAAUUCAACACCAAGACAAAGCAGUAUUUCCCCCUAUCCCUGUUAUGGACAGUCAGUCUUGCUAUUUAAGUUCAUCUGAGUUGUUAGUAUUGUUUGUAAUUAUGGACAUUACAGUAUUUUCAAAAAGAUUCCCCUUCAUUCCAGUGCAUGUAUUUAUUGUCAGUUAGUCUCCAUAUGCAGUAAUAGAAGUAGAUAGUUUAGCUGAUUUGGAAAUUGAUAGCCACUCCUGAAAUAAGAUGAGAUGAACCUAAAUCUAGUACUGGACUGUGGUACACAACUCAGUGGCAUGUCAUAAUUACCCAUAAUUGAACCUGAUCACAGUUACUGUCUUGUAAUGAGGCCUUAGUGUCCAUGAUGUACUACUUUUAAAAAAAUACACUUG